AUGUUGAUAUUUAAAGGUUUUGAUGAUGAGGAACUUGAGUUACAGCAAACUCGUCUCAUAAAGAUCUUUCAAGUGUUUGUGCAGCCUAGGGUGAGAGUAUUUUUAUCAUUGCAUACAGAGAGAGCUUCUGGUGAGAAGGGGGAAGAUCUGUACUUAGGGAGUACGAGAGAGUUUGAGUGUGGGACUCAGACUGGGAAGAAUAGUGAUUUGUUCUGUAGCAAGUUCACUUGGAAACUUGAUGGAGAUAUUCAUCAAGGCCGAAAAUUACCAGGUUUGCAUGUAAUUGAAACUGACUUGGACCCCAUGAACAUAAUCGUAUCAUGGGAUGCAAGUUUGCCAAACAGAUUUGGGAUUUGUUACAGGCAUAUUUCGAUUGAUGAACGGGCAAGGAAGAUCUUAAGAAGCCUUCCACAGGAUGAACGCUGGAGAUCCAAAGUUACUGCUAUGCAGGAAGCUAAGGACUUCACCAAGUUUAAUAUGGAACAACUAGCUGGAUCUUUGAUGACUCAUGAACUUCACCUAAGUUCCAAUACUGAAAAUUCCAGAAGUAAAAGUCUUGCACUCAAGGCUCAAAACUCAGAAGAAUCAGAAGUUGAUGAGGAAGAGAUGGCUAUGCUAGUUAAGAGGUUCAAGAAGAUGAUGAACAACAGGAAUUUUGACAGGAACAAGAAGUACACAAGUUCCAGAAACACAACAUGUUUCAAAUGUGGAUCAAAGGAUCAUUUUAUCAAAGAUUGUCCUGUUCAGGAUGGAGAGAAAGGAAAGACUAAAGGCAAGGAGCAAUCCAAGGAGUCAAGAGUCUACAAGCCUUACUUCACCAUGGAAAACGUUAAGAAAGCCAUGCUUGCUGCUUGGGGAGAUACAGAUUCAGAAGAAGAAGAGGAGGAUCAACCAUCAGAAGAAACUGCUCAUUUAUGUCUAAUGGCAAAAACUUAUGAAGCUGCCAAGCUAAAGGAGCUUAAGUCUGAGGUAUGGUUCUUCAGUCUGUUUGAUGACAAUAAAAUCCUAAAAGAGACUCUAGAGAACUUAAAACAAGAUAACAUACUCUUGAAUGUGGAAUUGUCUUUGUUAAAACUGAGUGUUGAUACUCCUAACUCUGAAGUUCCUCCACCUACUGAUUAUUCGAAUUUUGAAAAAUUAAAACAUGAUUUGGAAGAGUUAAAAACGGAUAAGGCACAUCUUGAGGGGGAACUUGAGAGGGUUAGGAAAGGUAAACAACCAAUAGAGUAUAGAGUUCCUGAUUGGAUCACUAAGGCUCAAACUAAGAAUACUGAAGGGCAUAAGCAAGCUAAUUGCCCUAAGAAAGAACAAAGCACUCAGAAGAAUAUCAAACAUGUAAAACAAAUCUGGGUUCCAGUGAGGGGGGACAACACUUGGUACCUCGACAGUGGUGACAUAAUUGCUAUUGGCAAGAUAGGAAGGUCACGUUCCCAUGCUAUUGAUAAUGUAUUUUUGGUUGAGGGCCUCAAGCACAAUUUGUUAAGUAUUUCACAGUUUUAUGACACAGGUAACUCUGUUAGCUUUACUUCAAACAAGUGUAGAAUCAUCCAGAAUGACACUGGGAACAUAAUUUUAGAAGGAACUCGUAAAGGGAACACAUAUGUUGUGGAUCUUAACAAGGUUCCUAAUAGCAGUUUAACAUGUCUUAGUGUUAUUGAGGAUGAUCCUCUAUUGUGGCAAAAAAGAUUUGGCCAUGCAAGCUUUUCUUUACUGGAUAAAUUAAGAUCUAAUAACUUAGUGGAAGGACUUCCUUGCAUUAAGUUCCUGUAUGACAAAUUGUGCGAAGCUUGUGCUAAAGGUAAACAGACCCGAAUUUCUUUCAAGUCCAAAAAGAUGAAAGAACAGAGAAGAACAGGUAAUCAGUUGAUACAUCUUAGAUCUGACCAUGGAACAGAAUUUGAGAAUUCAAAAUUUGAUGAAUUUUGUGCUGAGUAUGGUAUGGAUCACAAUUUCUCUGCCCCAAGAACUCCACAACAAAAUGGAGUAGUGGAAUGCAAGAAUAUGAGUCUUGAAGAAAUGGCAAGGACAAUGCUGAUAUCAAGCAGGCCGCCUAGGAAUUUCUGGGCUGAGGCAGUGAACACAGCAUGUUAUAUACUUAACAGAGUAUCUGUUAGGGCCAUCACCAACAAAACUCUAUAUGAACUUAUGAAAGGGAGAAAACCUAAUAUUUCUUACUUUAGAUCUUUUGGUUGCAAAUGUUUUGUUCACAAUAAUGGUAAAAGAAACUUGGGAAAGUUUGAUGAACGUAGUGAUGAGGCAGUAUUCGUAGGAUAUGCCUCAAAUAGCAAAGCUUACAGAGUGUAUAAUAAAAGAACAAUGUGUGUUGAGGAGUCUGUACAUAUUAUAUUUGAUGAGACUGAAAAUUUGGUUGAUUUACAGGAGUGUGAUGAUGAUUUCUAUAUUGGACUUGUGCGUAAGCAAAAUCCAGAUGAGGAACCAGUAUCACUGCAGAAGCAGCAAGUUGAAAUUGCAGAAGUAACAAAUCCUGAAGCAAAUGUUGAACCAGAGUUGGAGAAUGCACCAGGAACUCUACUUCAAGAAUAG